AUGUCCGACGCUGCUAAGCGAUUCCUCCAAGACUUCGCUGACAACCCCGAUCUCGACGGCGAGUCGUUUUAUUUCCCCCGUCUACACCACACUUACACCUUCGGUUUAGAUAGCACCAAGCUAUUCGUGGCCGACUGUAUAACUCUGCAAGGGGUGACCGGCGGCCCAACAUCCCCAGGCUCCCCAGACCUCUCGCACCUCUCGUCCCGUACCCUCGGGUCCCCGGAGAGCGACCGCACCGUCAGCAGCGAGGACGCGGUUGAGUACCAGGAGCGGGCCUGGUACUACUACGGCAUCACCUCCGAGGGCGACCAUCCCGAGCUGCUCUACCGGUCGAACAAACAGGCGGACUACUGGGUCCCGCCGACAGGCAGACACGCCAACAUGCCCACGAAGUCGGCUCGCCCUGCCCACGGCACGUCACUCGCCGCUGUCUGGGGUAAAGUCGGCCCCCUAGUCGAUGACCUGGUCUUUUCCGUCGUCCGCAGGAGCUACUCCAUCGACGUGGCUCGCUUCUUCACCGUCCCCCACGGAGAGGCCGACGACAAGGGCCUCGGUCCCGCUGUGGUGUGGGUGACGGUCGACCCCGCCCUGAACAUUUCGCCCGACACGGCCCACGGCGUCUCGGGAGACAUCCUCGACCUCCUCGGGAAGCACGGCGUUCACGACGCCCACGUCGAGUGGUGUGAAGGAGUGACUCUACGUAGCAGCGUAGCGCCGUAA